UCCGGACAGUGCAGAAUAAUGAAGUCAGUUUAUUGUGGCUGGGCGGGAACCCCCUCUUUCCUGGUCCUUAUUCGCGGCUACUACUUGGGUAUGACGGAACCCGACGGAGCGAGUAGUUGGAAUGGGGGUUCGGCAAAAAGAAUUGGAAGGACAGAAAAUUGGGAUUGCCCCCAUGGUACUCUCAUUGUUAUCAUUUCCUGUCUCUAAGAGAAAAGCACAAACAGCUUUUUCUGUCGCCAUGGCUCUCUCAGUCGUUUACGAGAUCUCUUUUGGAACCGAGCAAAUCAUUCGACGCCACGGAAGAGCAAAAGAGAAAAAGAGAGUCAGGAGCUCUGAGCAUGGGCAUGAGCAUGGGUCGGAAAGUGCACGAGGUGCUACAACAGUCGUUAGGUACAGUACGGUCGCUAACUCAACUUGCAGGGCACAGACUGUAUGUACAUGUACAGUACCUAGUACAUCUCUAGGCAGGAUUGAAGGAUUGCCGCGGUCCAGAGACUCCAUCCAGCAGUCCAGCCAGACUGUCAACAGUUCCAGGAUACGAACUAUGGAGUCAUCCGCAUAUAACGGCGGAUAUUAUGACCUACAAUGACGCCCCCAUCGUCAUUAAAGAUCUGACAGGAAAGUCAUCGAGCAAUUUUUACCGACAGGGCCCAGGACCUGAUCGUCGC